GGGCACAGCGGUGAAAUGCUGCUGUGCAGAACUGGAAUUACUCUGUAACAGCAACAGUAAAGCCAUAGCUGAUUGCAAAGUGAUAGCAGCAGACAACAGUGAGCAACUGCUGUCUACACUGGUUGCGUUCGAAUUAGCUCCAGUUACUUCAAAUGUGCUUUGGGAAGCAGUUUUUAAUCCUUGUAUUAGGCAGUCUCGUUGCACUUUGGCUGCACGGUGGUCGGAAAGUUUGCAGCAGGAGCAUGUGGUGAAGCAGAGCUGGAUCCUCGACGUUGUGCACCACGCCAGUUCAGUGUGGAAGGCUCCUGUGACUAUUCCAGUCAGAGAAGGGAAAUAAAAGUCGAAGGAAGAAAAGAGGAAUCCUGUAUUCCUUGCUCUGCUGUAUCUUGUUGGAGACCUCAACGUUGCUGCUACUGCAAGUGACUCUGUUGCUGCUUCUUCAGGCAGCAAUUGUGCCUGCAUCUUGCAAUUUUUAUCUUCCACUAGUUUGAGAUGAAGUAUUUGCAGCAAGGGCUUGAUUGUCGUCACCUAUAACAGGAGAGAGAGAAAGACAGACUUGCAGCCAGAGAAAUUGCUUCCUUCGGAAUCCCAUCACCGAGUGAUUUACUUCUCUCAAGAGAACUGUGCCCACUCAAUGAACAAGAUUUCAGAUGCAUGCCAGGUUCACACUGAAUGCCAGAAGUAGAGAUCCCUACAGAUGGAGCCCCAAAGUCAACAUGGCAGUGGCGGUUCAUUAGUUGUGAUCCAGCAGCCUUCCUUGGACAGCAGGCAAAGGUUGGACUAUGAAAGAGAAAUUCAGUCGAAUGCUAUCUUGUCAUUGGACCAGAUCAAAGCCAUAAGGGGCAGCAAUGAGUAUACCGAAGGCCCAUCUGUGGUGAAAAAGUCUGGUCCACGGACAGCACCAAGACAAGAAAAGCAUGAAAGGACUCAUGAAAUCAUACCAAUUAAUGUGAAUAAUAAUUAUGAGCACAGACCCAGCCACUUGGGACCCGUGGCACACCAACAUAACGUAAGGGCUCCUGUGUUGAGCAGAUCAACUAGCACUGGAAGUGCGGCUAGUUCUGGAAGCAACAGCAGUGCUUCUUCAGAGCAGGGGUUGUUGGGAAGAUCGCCCCUAUCUAGGCCAGGUUCAAGCCACAGAUCUGAAAGGACAAUCCGGACGCAGCCCAAGCAGUCAUCUUUGAUGGUAGAUGAUCUGAAGGGUCCCUUGAAAGAGGACUUGACGCAGCACAAGUUUAUCUGUGAACAGUGUGGGAAGUGCAAAUGUGGUGAGUGCACAGACCCAAGGGCCUUACCUUCUUGUCUGGCCUGCAACAGGAAGUGCUUGUGCUCUGCAGAGAGCAUGGUGGAGUACAGUACCUGCAUGUGCCUGAUCAAAGGGAUCUUCUACCACUGUUCCAAUGAUGAUGAAGGGGACUCGUAUGCGGAUAAUCCCUGCUCUUGUUCCCAGGCACAUUGCUGUUCUAGGUACCUGUGCAUGGGAGCAAUGUCCUUGUUUUUGCCUUGCUUGCUCUGCUAUCCUCCUGCUAAGGGAUGCCUGAAGCUGUGUCGUGGGUGUUAUGACCGGAUCAAUCGUCCUGGUUGCCGAUGUAAGAACUCCAACACUGUCUAUUGUAAACUGGAGAGCUGCCCAUCACGGAGUCAGGGGAAGCCCUCAUAAUUUUGGAGGGAGAUUUCACUUUUUCAAACACUUGCUUUCAGGUUGUGGCUAAUUUUCUGUUUGUGUGGGGAUUUACCCCCGCCCUCAUUCCCUUCCUUCUCCACUUUACGUACCCAAGUUUUUUCCUUUGCACCCUCCAUAUCCCCUCUCUCAACUCAGAUAGGUGUGGAGUAUUUUACUCGGUCAUGUUUAUUUCAGUCUUUGGUAAGCAUGAACUGUGUGCCUGCAUUUGGCACCUCAGCUUGACAGGGCCUCUUAGGUUUGUAAGUACGGUAACCCACACAUGAAAGAGACAGUGAGGGCUAAUGGGCUUUUCUGCAGCCUCUUGCUCUGCAAACAACUUCCCCAAUGUGUCCUUUUGUUCUCUGCAAUUGUGUCUUUUUGGUUCCAAGAAAUAAUUCUACCUUAUUUCAUGAGCAAGUUGGAUUAAUCUUGAGGGGGUUGGAACCAUAGAAAAUAUAAGGCUGGCUUUUACUCCACAGUGCAAAGAACCUGCUUUUCCCUCUUUUCCCCAACCCUUCUUGGAAUUGUCUCAGUCCAGAGACUUGCCUGGCUGGUACAUUUUUUUUCUUUCUUUUAAAUGUAGUUUUGGUUUUUGCUUCACUAUAUAGAUCUUCACAUUGGAGACAUCAUUAUGACUGCAAUUCGUUCAUCUGUUUCUCUUGCUUUCAAAUCUGUGAAGGACAUCACCCACUCCACCCCUUCCCCCAUGUUUCUGUGGUCAUUGAGAGCCUGUUGAUACUGAUGUUAAAGUUGACGGUGUUUGCAUAUCUGAAUAAUCUUCAGGUGUCAUUGAAUUAAGUUACCUAAAUGUUCCUGGAUCUUUAACACUUCUCUUAUUCCCUUGGUUAGUGAAUUUAGUUCUGCCUUGUGCUUCAUAACUUUAAUCUGUUCCAUGUUUUAUUGCCUUAGCCACAAAUUGUGGUCUUUUUUUGUAUAUUUUAUGUAUAAAACACAAAGUUGAAUCCUGACUAUUUUUAAGACAAAAGUCUGUUUAAAACUUUUUUUAUUGUAAAGAAUAUUUAUUAUUUGAAUCUCUAUUAUUUUAUGAUAUUUAUUACAAAGGACUGUUUGAAAAAUGUACUCAUGUCUGAAUAUAACAAAAUAUCAAUACUUAACAAAAAUAAGGGUGACAAAGAAAGUACGUAUGUUAACUAUAAUGCAGAAAAUAUAUUAAUUAAUGAAAAUGUCUCUUGAGUUUUUCAUUUUAAUAUACUGGUAGGUUGUGUUAUGAUUUCCAUGUCCAUAUUGCAAAGUGUCUUGCUAUUUUUUUUUCUCCUUGUGCACUGCCAGGGCCAUUGAAUAACCAAUACUGUGAAGACACUAGUAUGUG